CGCGCUGGCGGAUAGCGUCUUUACGUCGAUGGUUUCAAGCCCCGCCUCCAGCAGAUAGCCAGAAGUGACGCACGUUCCGGCUUUGGGAAUAAAAAAAACUGGGCACGUCUCGGUGAUAGUCACGCGCGAAGAUGUUCCCGCCGUUGGCGUGCGCGCUGCUGCUCGUGCUCGUGCUCGCGCUCGCCAUCAGCCGCCGGAAGAGACGUGCGGGCGAACCUCCGCUGAUCAACGGCUGGAUUCCGUUCCUGGGAAAAGCUUUGGCGUUCAAGAAAGAUGCUCACAAGUUCUUGGAGGAGCAGCAGAGGAACUUUGGAGACGUUUUCACCGUUCACAUCGCAGGUCGCUACAUGACCUUCGUCAUGGACCCUCUGAUGUAUCCCAACGUCAUCAAACACGGCCGCCAGCUGGACUUCCACGAGUUCGCGGGCGAGGCGGCGCCGUCGGCCUUCGGAUACCCGCCCGUCGCGGAAGGGAAGUUUCCGGGCCUCGCCGAGCAGAUCCGGCGCUCCUUCCGGCUCCUCGGCGGAGACCACCUGACGCCGCUGACGCAAAGCAUGAUGGGAAAUCUCAUGACGCUGUUCCGCCAGGACCACAUGGGCCCGGACGGCGCCUGGAGGACAUCGGGCCUAUACGACUUCUGCGUACGCGUCGUGUUCGAGGCCACGUUCCUCACCGUGUACGGGCGCCCGCCGGAUGCUCUCCGCCACGCCGACACGGCACCGCUGAGGGCCGACUUCGCCCGCUUCGACGACGUCUUCCCGCUGCUCGUCGCUCGGGUUCCCGUCCGGCUGCUGGGCCGCGUGCGGAGCGUCCGGGAGAAGCUGAUCCGCCGCUUCCUGCCGCGGAGGACGUCCGGCUGGACGGGCGUCUCGCGCUUCGUCAGGCGCCGCGCCGAGAUCUUGGAGCGGCACGCGGCGCUGAGCGACGUCGACAAAGCAGCGCACCACUUCGCCAUGUUGUGGGCGUCGGUGGCCAACACGGCGCCGGCCGCCUUCUGGGUAGCGUACCACCUCCUGCGGCAGCCGGAGGCCCUGCGCGCCGUCCGCCGCGAGGUCCGACGAGUCGUGGAGAGCGGCCAACGCGAGUUCAGCACCGACAUUGACGUCACGCUCGGCAUGCGGCAGCUGGACGACAUGAUUCUUCUGGAGAGCGCCAUCAAGGAGAGCCUGCGCCUGUCGUCGGCGUCCAUCAACAUCCGCGUGGCAAAGGAGGACUUCGCUCUGCGUCUGAACGCCAAGCGCAGCGUACCGGUGAGGAGAGGCGACAUCAUCGCGUUGUACCCGCAGAGCGUCCACAUGGACGCCGGCAUCUACGAGGACCCACAGACAUUUCGCUUCGACCGCUUUGUAGGCAAGUCCGAAUUUUUCAAGGACGGACAUAAGCUUCACUACUACCUGAUGCCGUUCGGCUCGGGAGCGUCCAUCUGUCCCGGACGAUUCUUCGCUGUCAACGAGAUCAAACAGUUUUUGAGUCUGCUCCUGCUCUACUUCGACAUGCAGCUUGAAGCGGGGCAACCCGACGCCCGCCCCGACGCCGGCCGCGCCGGCCUCGGCAUCCUGCGGCCUGACCGCGACGUGCGCUUUCGCUACCGCCUGCGCAGGGGCGCGUGUUAGCAUUGACAGUUAGCGUCGGCUGUCAUGUGUAUACAAAAAGUUAGCGCAAGUGUUCUACAAACCUUAUGUGAGCUGAAGUCCUCUGAAAACAAAAUUUGAAUUUCAUGGACUGAAGUCGCAAUUAUUGCUCCUGAGAUUUGAUCCUCUGGAAAGCUAAGCUAACACGAUGAUAGCAGUGUAACAUGCUAACUCCCGCGUGAUUGGGACGAGAGGGCGCUAUGUGAACCGAUGCUACGCGGCUUGAUUAGCCAGCUCGAAAAACACAGACUGAAAUAUUGCAGUAGUAAUGCACAGAAUCCAGUGAACAAUUCCUUCAUUUUAUUUGCACAAAAAAUGCCGCAAUAGAAGUGUAUAAAACUAUGUCAACAUAGUCAUUGAGUAAACAAUCAAAUCACAAACAUUUUUACGCUAAAGCAAACAUCAUCUGUUUAACACAAAGUGUAACACAAGUAACUUUUUAACUUUUUGAUUGUUAACCCUAUUAAAGAUGUUUACCAGA